GUCUCAUAUUUAGUAUUCUAGCAAGAAAUGUUUUUUUUAAUAACCGUUACUGCAUGUGACAGUUCGAAAUAUCGCGUCGGUUCAUUUGAAAGUAGGUUGUGGUUAAUUGAUGGUGCAGACAAACACUGAAACAGGUUAACCAUGGUAAAGUCCACAGUGAAGGAAAUAGAUGAUCUCUAACACAGGUGAGGAACAUGCCAGCAGGAGCAAUACCAUUUCCAUUUGGGGUGUGCCGGAUCUGUAAUGACAAGGCCACAGGUGUGCACUAUGGGGUAGCGACUUGCGAAGGUUGUAAGGGUUUUUUCAAGAGGAGCAUUACAAGGGGAGAUAAGUACAAGUGUUUUUUCGGGGGAGAGUGUGACCUAACCCCAAAGAACAGGAACCGGUGUAAAUCAUGCCGCUUCAAACGGUGCUUAGAUACAGGGAUGGCCGUAGAAGCGGUGCGUAUGGGCCGGAUCCCGAAGGUGGAAAAGGAGAAAGCCCUGGAGGUUUUCCAUCAGGAGGGUGCUGACUUUAAUAAGCUUGAGCUCCGCCUAGAACAGACAGGUGCGGGGAACUACGACUUCCAGCUGAACCCGAAAAACGAGGACAGAAAUAGGGACACAGAAGUCAACCCUGCUGAACACAAGGAUAAAGCCAAUCAGGAUGCAGCUUACCAUCAUGAUGACGGCUUUCAAGAGUUUAAACAAGAAAAAACUGCCUUCCAGCAUGAGACUUAUGGAAAUCAUAAAGCGGAUUAUAAUGGUCAAAAUAAAAUGUCUGUACCACAGAGUUUUGAAAGAAAAAAUAGUUCAAAUGUUUCUACAGAAAUGUCCACAUUCUUUCAUAAUUCAUUUACAACAGAUACACCUGUCAGUCAUGUGCCACUUAAAAAGGAAACUGUUGAUUCACAUUUAAUAGAAAGUAUACCACAAUUUCAAAGAAAUACUGGUUUGGGGCAUAAAGUGUUGUAUAAGGAUGAAACAUUUACAGAUAAGUUUUCUCAAGCAAUGCUGAAUGACAAAGUUAAUGAAAAAAUAGAUAGGAGAUCUUUAAAUGCAAUAGAUCAAGGUCCUUUUGAAUCCAGAAACUAUGGACCCCAUGCGAAUGCUUCUAAUUUAGACAUAAACAACAGGGAAAGGCAUUCACUGAAUCAAUCUGAAUUUGCUCAAAGUUGGGAUGAAAGUAAUCAGGAAAGAACUAAUCAAACUAGAUUUGAACAUGUUGGUGAAAGACGGGUACCUCACACAUUGCCUCAUACACAAACACCUGCUCCAUUAGUUGUACCUGAAGUGCCAGUGACAGUUCAUCCCAAUUUUAUCCACUACAAUACCUCGACGCAACAUCAAUACUUUGAAAGUCAAAGUCAAAAUAACAACAAACAUACUGAAAGUGCAGUAGACUUGACAAGAAAAAACAAUCAUUUUGACUCCCAGCAAGAUUUGAAUUCAUUCCAAGGCCAUUUCCCAGGAAUGAAUACUGGGAGUUUUGCUGUAACUAGUGUGCCAACUAGCCAUGCCUUAUACACAGAAACAUUAGAUACUCAGAGCAGAAAUCUGCCAAACACUGUAGCGGACCCAUUUUUGUCCCCUAUGAGGUUGGCCAUUUCUCACUCGAACGUUUCCCCAACGAAGAACUCUAGAAAUGUUUGGCAGGCAAAGUCUCCUUGUGUGUUUACUCCCCCUUCUUCAAAAAUGCCUUUUCAGAGAGAAAUGUUGCAUUCUCCUCAGCGGGAGAACGCGUCCCCUUUCUACUGGCCGAGUGAGACUACUCCAUCUGUGGGAGGGAGGAGUUCCCCGGCUCCGUCAACAUUCUCCAAGGACAGCAAUGGUAGCGGCUCGUCAAAGUCUAAUCCUUACAGCCCACUGCUUAUAAAACUCCUCAUGGAGCAAGUUCUUGAAACAAAUAAUGGCGGCAAUGUCAUAGAGAAAUUGAAAGAAAAAUUAAGUUUGUCAAAAUUGGACUCGGUUACUGCAGGUAGAGUUAUUGGGUUGUUGAAAGAAGCCACAGGACAUCUGGUUGCUAAAAGUGAUCGAACAACGAGCAGUCAAAAUACCUCUCACACAGGGUCUACAGAUCUCUCAGACAGCAAGCAAGAAAGAAUUGCUCUCUUCUUGGACGAUGUCAAGUCAAAUCUCCCUAUUGACAAAAGUAAGAGGUGCAGUCAUAAGCGUAAAUGGUCUGACAAUGAAAUGUUAGUAUCACUGCGUGAUCUAGACAUGGAAAGGAGUGUGAAAAUGCACCUGGAUGGAAGUAGUGGCCCUCAGCCUAACACACCCCUGUCCCACACUCAUUCUCACAAUACAAGCGUUACUCACAGUAGCGUCUCCCUCAGUGGGCAAGCAAGGCUGGUGCUCCCAACCCUCAGUUAUGGGAACCCAGAGGUGCUGGAUAAUUCAAUGAGCAGCAUAGAGGAGACCCAAGUGGGAAACCUUGACCAUGAGAGAUUUAAGAACCUAAAAGAUGGACUCAACCUUGGUGUCAAGAUCCUCUUCAGACUAAAACCAGAACACAGGGAGAAAUUACGCUUGUACAGGGAAGGCAAGCUGUUCCUGCGCGUCUUGACAGACAGUGAGGAGGAUGUGCAGCUCAUCUAUGAAAAACUUAUCAACGGCAUUCCCGACCUCAGUCAGCGCAUCCUGGGUUUCUGUGAAAGUGUGCCGGGAUUUACCAGUUUCCCCAAGUCAGACCAGGACAAACUGAUGAAGAGGGCUUAUUAUGACAUGUGGACAUUGUCGUAUGCAGAGUAUUUCCAUAAUGGGAACAGUUACUGGAUUCUGCCUACAGGAGAAAUAUACUCCGCUCCUGCCAUGCGGAAAAUCCUUAAUGAUGAGAUUGUUGAUAUUAUAAUGACGUUUGCUGACAAGUUCAAUGUUCUAAAACUUACUGAUCUGGAAGUUGUUAUACUGAGCGCUGUCAUUUUGACCAAAACAGUUGGCCUUGAGCUGGAGGAGACUGAGGCGGUGAACACCCUCAACUCGGAACUGCUGGAACUCUUCUCACUUGAGGUGAGAAAAAACCAUAGCGACCACACUGGGCUGAUCCUCGAUGUCUUCAGCCUUACUCCACUCAUGGAUGAAAUCAACCGCAUCCAGAAGGAAAUCAUUGGCAAAUUUUCAACCAGUGGAAUUAAUAAGAAGGUUGAAGGUGCAGUUAAAGAUGGAAGGAUUACAAACGGUAAGCAGGGCCAAUCAGCUGCUACCAGCCAGUCACAUGGCCUAUGACAUCACAGCUCAGAUGAUGUACUUCAAUAUAGACAUUAGAUAUCAUAUACCAUUGUUAUUGUUCUUUUUGUGACUUUUAGAUAACUUUAGAAGUGUAUAUGUUGGUGCACUCUAUAUUUAAACGUACAUGUUGGUGUACUUUAUUUUUAAACAUGUGUGAUGGUGUACUUUAUUUUUAAACAUAUAUGUUUAUGUACUUUAUAUUUAAACGUACAUGUUGAUGUACUUUAUUUUUAGAACCGGUGACAUGAAGACAGUAUAUAUAUAUAUAUACAUAUAUAUAUCUAUAUUUACAUAUGGCUCAUUAUGAUGAUAAUUAACUGAAAAUGUUUGUUGGUACAGUUGAUUUGUGUUUGGAAGUAUUCACACUUGAAGGGCUGAACGGUUUUUGACUGAUCAAAACCAUCUGUUUAAAAAGAAUGAAAGUAUCAUAUAGUUUCCAGAUUCAUCCAGGGCAUUAACGCUUAAAGGGACUAGACACCAAAUGGUCACAAAAUCGGCAAAUCCAGUAUUUCCUUAAAACAAGCCUAGAAUUGGGAAAAUGAGAUAGUAUGUGACCGAUAAUACAUGAUUUUGUAUGAUUUAAAGAAAAAAAUCAACAACAAUGUUGCCGCACACGCUGUCUCAGGGGAGUUUACCCUUUUUAAAAUAGUGCAGAAUGGUUUUCCUGUUUAAAAAUGGCACGGAACAGUUUAUCCGAACAACUUGCAAGUCAUGUGAUGACACUAACCUGUCGAUAUGCGCUUAGCCAACUAUCAUUUUCAGCAGUGUUAAUCUCUUUCAAAAGAUUUCGUCAAUCAAUUUCAUCACCAAUGUUAAUCUCUAAGGCUCUGUAUUUCAUUUCACAGCAGUUUUCCACUUUCUUGCACUGUCCUUCCUUUUUGGAAGAAAUGAAGUGUGUAUAUUUAGCAUGUAAAAGUCACAUGAUGAGUGUCGAUAAAUAUAUUGAUGCUAUUUUUAAACUUACUGGGUAGAUAAACCUAGUAGAUUUUAAAUUUGAAAAAACUGCAAAAGAUAAUUGUGUUGUUAGCGAUAUGAUACAUCAGUAAGUAAUAUUCAAUGUGUUGUGCACAACAAUACCAAUUUGAUGUAAGUUUUUAACAAUUUUCUUCUUUUUUUACAAUUGUAACAUCUGGUGUCUAGUCCCUUUAAUUAGCAUAAAAUAUCCAACUGCUGCCAUAUUUCUUAUAUGCAAGUUUACUCCUUUGUUAAAUUACCUGUCUGUUUUGAGUUGUUUUCUCUUCUUUUCAGGUAGUAUUGAUUGUUUUAGUUUCUGGAAUGUUGGAUGCAAUAUUUAGUUGUAAGUUAUGAUUUUAUUAUCCCAUGCUUAAACCAUUAUUCAGGGUCAUUAUACACACAGCAAAUCCCUUCAGCUAAUUUGAAAACAAGCAUUAUGACAAGAAUCAAGAUACUUAUUUGUUUUAAAUGCUUUAAAGAUGGUAUACCGGACCCCUUUCCAAACAUUUUCCCAACUCUAUCCCAUUUUCCUGUUUUCCAUUUCUUCAUGGCUGAUUCAUGCUGGAUGAAGUAAACUUUUAUCCUCUAAAUUGUUUUUUUUUUUAAAUAUAAAAAUUUAUAGUGCUUCUUUUAAAGGCAAUAAUAGAUCAUGCAUCAAAUGUAUUUAUGAUUUAUAAUGUUAUGUAUAUUUGUUUUCUGCAACAAAGUUUUAAGGGAUGGGGUCAUUUUAUGUUUAUUCUGAUCUUGUCUGUGCAAUAUUACAACUGUUAAUUACUUAAAGUAAUGUGUGUGCUGUGUUUAUAGCUCACUUAAGCACAAAGUGCUCUGCUCAGGAUGAGCUAUAAAGAUCAAUCUUUGUUCGUCAUCCAUCUGUCCGUAUGUACCUCCAUUAACAAUUGCUUGAAAGUCAUCAUCUCUGACGCCAUUGGGCCAAAUUUGAUGAAACCUUGCAGGAAGCUUCCUAGGUGGACUUUCUUCAAAAGAACAAAAAAACCUUGAUCAACCUAUGACAACAACAUCAAAAUGGCCGACUUCUUUUUUGUCUUUUAAAAUAUUUCUUUUGAACCACUGUGUCAAAUUUAUUUCAACUUCACAGGAAACUUGGGUGCCCAUCUACAAAAAUACAAUAAGGCCUCUUGAUUGACCUACAACAACAACAACAAAUAAAGGCUGACUUUCUGAUUUAAGUUUAAAAAAUCUAUCUGAAAUUUUAUUUUUCUUAAUCAAAAGAUACUGAGCAACUUCCCAACAAGAUGUUAAUGGUUUAAUUGUAAAAAAAAAGUUUAAAGCAGAGUGAAAAAUCCAUAUUGUUAAAAUUUGAACAAGGGCAGCAAAUCAUGCUACAUUAUAUCCCUUUCUCUUCACAUUGGAAUUUUUGUCUAUUUUUAGUAACAAGGGAACAGAUUUUAUACUUGAUGAAUUCUUCAAAUAAGUCACUUCUAAGGUAAUUAUUGUUCUUUUUAUAGACUUAUAGGUUAAAGUAAUUAUUAUAUUUUUUUAGUUCAUAGAAUUACAUUUUUUUCCAAUAUUAUAUUUAAUAAUCAGACUUUUCCACCAGACUAGACCAUUGACAGACUUGUACAGAAUUCAAUCUCUUGCUAGCCACUUUCAUCUUAUAUAAACUGAUGAAAUCCCUGCGGUGUGCCAUCGAGGUACACAUAUAUAUGGAUGGAAAUAUUGCAGUCAGUUUUUGUGUUCUUCAAUGAUAACUUAUUAAGGUUGCAUGUUUGGGAAAGACAUUUUUGAUAAUACUGGUAUAGUUUGUAACAGAUUUUUUCUGUUAACACACUACUGUUCUGGGUAAGGCCUAAAUUUGAAAACUUAAGGUAGGUUUUUUUUACAAUCAUCUUGGAGGGUUUUUGUUGUAGUGGGUUUACAUUUCGUAUGAAACAUCUUUAAUUAAUGUGUCAAUAAGUUCACAAUCUUAUUAAUAUUAAGUGGAUAGUAAGUAACCCUUCAAUUUAUGCUAUGGAGGUUAAACAUUCCAAACACUUACCUAGUGUUUUUUGACAAAAGGAUGAAGAAACAGAGGAGUGUUUUUAGUUUGAACUGAAUGAAAAACAGGAUAGCAUCUAUAACUUGAUAGGGAUGACCAUGGUUACCUGCCAAUAGUAUUUUUUUACCGCGAAAAUACAUGUAUUGGGCAGUUAAUUCAGGAAUUGCUUAAAGUAUAAGAAAUCUAGCAAUUAAAUUCAUUAUAAUUUUUUUUAAUGUACUUUCAUUAGAAACUAGGAAAACAUUGGGUUUCUCGGUUCUUAUUUAUUGUGAAUAGCUUGAAGCUUUUUAAAUUCCUCGAAGAUGAUGAUUCAUAAGAAUCUGACUUAAUUGUGUUAUAUUCUAUUAUUCUUUUAUAAAUUUAUCAAUUUUAAAUAGUUUAAGAAAACAAAAUAAUCAUAGUAAUACUGUUAUUUUCAUAAAAUAUUUCAACUGAAAGCUAAAUUGUAUUGAAUUGAAGCAAAGGGAUGUUAUAAGACUAUUGGCAUUGGCCUGAUGAUAUCCAACAACAUGGAUUCCAAAAUGCUUUCAUCACAUUUAUUUUAAAAACAGGAGUGUUAAUUUCUUCAUGUAAAAUUUAAUUGGAAAAUAUAAAGUAUUUCUCCAGUUAGUUGUGGAAAAGCACAGGGCCCCAUUUUAAGGUCCAGGAUCCCUAACAUGUGAUGUGUGUUCCUAUUUCUACAUUUUUACAUCUAUUAAAUGUUGCAAUGACACAGUGCUUUUUUCAAAACUCUAUAAAUAUCUUAAAUGUAGGUUAACAUAACUGAGAGGCCUCAAAGAUGUCUAUGCGCCCUGUGACGUCAUUGCCCCUACCUGCUACAUUUUGACCUUUAAGCAUGUUAGAGCAAUGAAUGGCCUUUUUAGAAAAAAAUAUCAAAAGAAGAUAAAAGAACACUUGCUAAAGCAAGCGGCUGUAUUGGUCUAGAUCAUCAAAAUCAACGUAAAUAAACGUGUUUUAACAUGUGUUCAGGAUUUGUUAUCUGUUCAGGUUUGUCAACCAGUAAUGAGUAAAUGAAUUCGGAAAAAUGAUUAUACAUUAUAAGGGAACAGCCUGGAAAUUUUAUUUUGAAUAACAUUGCAAAACAAACAAAGCAUCAUUGGCUCAUGUUAUCAAUGAGCAUACGACAAGUUGUCAUACUAUGACAGAUUUCAAUUAAAUACAAAGCAAGUGUGGGAAAUGAAAUUGGAAUUGAACUUUAAAAUCCAAACAGGCCUUGAGUAAUAUUUCCAGUCAAAGUUUUUUCAUUCAAGAUGUAUCUCAUAACAGCCAAGAAUAAAGGAUUCGAAAAAUCUAUCGAAUGAUAGGUUCAUGAAUAAGAUAGGUCCAAUGUUAGUUUUUCAAAACUUCUUUUGUCCAUACUUGCCAACAGAGAUUAUUACAUAGGAGAUUGACAAAUAAAUAGUAAUGGUACCAUGUAACCUUCAACUUAUUACUGAAAUGUAGGCAUUAAAAUAGAAAUUUAAAAAAACAACAAUAAACAGGGCUGAUAUAAUUUUAGACUUUGUCAUCAAUUCAAUGAUACAUUUUUUUAAAACACACUGUCUAUCACAUUUUAUCUCGAAACAUGGAAAAUAUCAUCAGCAUUUUCUGCAUUUUAUUCCGUAAGUUAAGCUUUAUCUUUGACAAUAUCAGAUAUAGUCUGUGCCCUCCCAGGGGUCUGAUCUGAUUUAUGCCAUUCUAAAUGUAAAUUGGGCGUACAAGCACUAAAUGUAAAUUGGGUGUACAAGCCAAUAAAUGUUUAAAAGAAGUGUUUUUCUUUACAUAUCUCAGGUGAGCGAUUCAGGGUCAUCAUGGCCCUCUUGUUGUUCUUUUCAACUAAUGUAUACACUUUGAAAAUAUAUAAAUGUAAUAAAUUACCAUAGUUUAUCUUAAGUCAUGAAUAUACAAAGUUUAAUCAAAUCAAUAACAAAUCUUAGUAGUCAUUGGUGUCAGCAUUCAAAAAAAUUUCUGUUGCAAUAACUGAAAAACUGAUGAAAGAUUUUCAAAUAUAACUUGGUGCACAAUUUAUUAGUAACCAUUCUCCAAUAACAUGUAAGAAGGCCAAAAACUUUGGCUUCAAUAAUAAUAAAGUUAUAUCCCUUGAUUGAAAAAACCAACAAGCGUUGUUAUCUUUGUUUAAAACUGCUGUCAGGAUUGUGGUGGGUUGCAUUGCUUGUUUGGUGUUAAAUGAGCAUACAGCACAGUUGUAGAGUUCAAUGUUCUACCAUACAAUACAGAACGCUUCAAUAAACUAUGCUGAAUGAAUCUGCUGUUUCUUAAUCACUAAAGAUUUAAAAUCACAAUUCUACAUGUAUCAAAGAUUGUUGCCAUGGUAUACUUGUUGACAACAUGUUUAAGUAUAUGGCCAAGAUAUGUUAUUUUUAUGUAGCCAUAUACACAAGUAUAUAUUGUUACAGUAUAAUAUAUAUAAGAUUGUGCAUUUGUUCUUUUAAUGUUAUAAAUAUGUUUGUCAACAAUCAACUUAUCUGUAUACAGUAUACAGAGUGUUAGAGGAAAAUAACCUUUGCUCUUCAUGUGUAUUUUGUACAGGUAUGUACAGUGCUGCAUAUGAAUGUUAUACAUGUAUGAUAAAAAUAUGUAUUGUUGCCUAUUUGUGAUUUAACAGAAGUGCUAAAUGUUUGUGGUUGAGUGCCUAAGAUCAUAUCAUUAUAUACACUUAGAAACUUUAAAAACACAAUACAAUGUGAUAUGAAAAUUGUUUUUUGGUAAGACCAUAAAAUGUUCAGCCUAGUAAAUUCUUUGUGAAUUAAGCCUUAAUGAUUGCCAUAAAACUUAAUUCACAAAGAAUUAACAGUGUUGAACAUUUCUUCAUUUAUCAAAAAUCAUUUUCGAAGUUCAUAUAUUGUGUUUUUAAAGUCUCUCGGUGUAUAUUUGUAUCCUGUUAAGUUUAUCUGUAUGUUUUAUGCUUAAACGCCAUAAUUCCACUGUUAAGACAUUCAUUUUAUUAUUGAUUUUAUGUUUAUCUUUUAUCAUAUUUUACUGCAUGACUUGAUCUAAUCUAACCCGGUAAAUAAAAUUGUUGUUGAUAAAUAUUUAUUAUAACACUUCAAGUGUGCCUUUUUGUUAGGAUGGCAUUAUAUAUUUUAAUUUUGUUACUGCAUUUAUUCAAAUUGAAGAUUCAUGAUUCAAUAUCAAUAUGAUGGCUUUGAAAUUUCAAUAUACAAGUGGUUAUAGUUGUGAAAUUUUUAUCUGGGAAAAUUUAAUGAGUAUAAUGAAGCCAUGGUCCUGCAGUAGGGAUGCUACAUGUUCUAGAUAAACUGAUAUAUUGUGAUAUGUAACCAAAGUGCUACAUAUUGAUAUGCUACUGCAACAUAUCAAUAUUUUCAUUGUUUUAUAUGCCAUACUAAACAUGCAUUCAAAUUUUAAAAUGACCAGACAAUAUAGAACUUUGUUUAUGAUGAGCAUUCUUUUUUGUGUCAUAAAUACAACAGUUUGUAUCUUAUAUUCAUGAAACUACUUUUUCAGAAUCUUCCUAAGCAUGAUUUCUAAGACCUGUGUGAACAUGGGUCAUCUCUGGUCAUAAACAAGGUCUUAUUCCAUUUACAAAUUUAUCAGUGUCUAGCCACUCUUCAGGAAACUCAACAUGAAUAUGGGUUAUCUUGGGACAGGAACUAGGUCACUAGGUCAAAUCAUGAAAAUAUUUGUGUUCAUAAAUUCAACAGUGUUUAACAAAACUACAUGAAACUCUAUCCGAAUAUUUGUAGAAAUGAUAUUUAAGAUAAGUCGGAAUAUGGAUUACCUUGGUUAAAAAAUAGGCCACUUGGUCAGAUAAUAAAACCUUUCUUAUUCCUUUCAUAAAUUCAUCAGUGUUUAUCUAAGAAACUCAGCAAGAAUUUUCUCAGCAUGAUAUUUGGACCAGUGUGAAAGUAAGUUAACUCAGGACAAAAACAAUUUCGGACCAGUGCCUAUAUGGGUCAGCAGCAGUCACCUUUUCCUCUUUAAACAUACACCCUGCUGCAAAAUUGGACUUAUUAAAAUGAGGAAUCUGGCAUUAAUGUAUUUUCUACAUUUCCCCCUUGUUGCUUCAUAGCUUAUUUAAUUACGCCCCAAAAUGCAACUGGUUAGGGACCACUGUUUGGAAUGUACCAAUGAUUUUACUACCUUGUAAAACCUUGUUUAGCAAAUCCAUUAUGAUUGUUUUUCUUACAAAUGAUAUUUUGUGUUGGUAGGGAUUGGUCAGAUAAUGUUUAAACUAAUCUAAAAAAAACUAGGUCACAAGGUCAAAUCUUCCAAAAAAUAUAUUGGAAGACAGUGGAGGCAUUUUGUUUGGUCUUAUAUUCAUUUGACUUAAUCAGAAUGUUUUCUUUGCAGAACUCUUGGAUUGUUUUGAAACUAGGUCAUGUGGUGUCAAAUGGGUCAAUAUGUCAUAUCUUUUUUGUCUAGAACUAUAUAAAUGACUCCAUCCUGAAAGGUAAAGGUUUGAUCAUGUUUAAACUUGGUCAGAACGGUCCCCUUGGUCAAGUCUCAGCAAAAAAAACUAGAUCACAAGGUCAGAUCUUUUUAAUCACUAGAGGUUUUAUAUUUGAUCCAUUAGUCAUCAAACUUAAUCAGAAUGUUUCCCCUUCACACAAUCUCUUGUCUGGAACUAUAUCAUGUUAUUAAUUGGUCAGAUUGUGUUCGAACAUGGACAGAAUGUUUCUCUUAACGAAUACUCAUUGCAUUUUCAAGUGUGGGUCAUAUGGGGUAAAAAUCUAGGUCACUGGGUAAAAUCUUGGGAAUAUACUUGAGGCAAUAUAUCUGUCCAAAUAUUUAUGAAACUUAAUCAAAAUGUAUUUCUUGAUGAAAUUAAUGACUAGUUUGAAACUAGGUCAAAUGAGGUCAGAUACUAGGUGACUAGGUGGAGUCUUUGAAAAAUUAUGUUUUGGAACAAAAUAUUGGGAUUAGUUGGUCCGACUUUGUUCAGACUGUGGCCAGGAUAUUGUUCCCUUUGAUGUUAUCACAGUAGACUUUACAAGUGGGUCGCAUGGGGUCAAAAACUAGGUAAAAUCUGAGAGAAAUCUUUGGAAAUCUGUGGCAAUAUUUCUGGUCCAAUCUUCUUGAAACUUAAUCAGAAUGUUUGCCUUGAUGAAAUAUUUUAUUAGUUUUAUUUUUUCAUUUCAAAAAUUUGCAACCAAACUAAUAUCUCUUAUUCAAUGUUCAUAUGAGUCUAUCUCUCUGCACCUAAUCUGGCUGGGGAUAUCAAUUCAAUGAAUUUGCUUGUUUGAUCAUUGUGAACUAUAGAAAUCAUGUGACAUCCUGUUGCCACUUGGGUUUGUUUAGAAAUUGGAAAAUGUGGAAACAGAUAAAGUAUAGAAUGAUAUAGAAUGAUAUAUUUUUUUAUUUUCAAAAGCAAUAUCAUGAUUCACUUUGGAAAUGUCACGAUAUAUCAUGAUACCGCCAAUAUGUAUUUUCCAACAAUAGUACGCAUCCCUACUCUGCAGCCAUACUGCACCCAGAUCUGCAUGUGAUCUAUUUGGUUUAUUAUACACACUCAAUAAGUUCAAUUUGUAGUAUAAUAACUAAUCUACACUGAUAACAGAAUAAAAAAAUCCUUGAUAUCCGAUGUUGCAAAUCUGUACUUGUGGAUGAAAUAAAAACAAUCAUGUGUUUUAAGGGUAUGUGGCUUGAUGCCAGAAUGAUUUUUUUUCAUUUUAUUGUGUAAUUCUGUCAUAUCUACAAUGCAUGACAAAUCAAUGUACUGAAAUUGAUGGUUGUUUAAAAUUGCUCAGUUUUGUUUUUGCCUGGGAACAUUUCUGUCAAGUGCCCGUACACUGACAAACAAUCUGUGCUCAAGAUUUGUACCUGUUACACUUCAUUUUAGAUAACCAAUAACUAAUAAGCGAAAAAGCUGUCAUUAUUAAUUUAUUCAAUGUUCAACACUGUAUCAAAACUGCUGCUUCCCCUAGAAACUUUUUUUGUUUGACUAUAAUAAUCUAAUUGAUGUAAAAUACCACAGUCUAUUCAGUUGCUGACAAAAAUGUACUCGGGCAAUUUUUUAUUUGUUACUAUUGUGCUGUUCUUAAUGUAUGAUUUGUAUCUCUGUGAUUCCUAUACAUUUGGCAUAAUAAUUACCUGUCUUGUUCGUGCAUUUAUCAAUGUUUUCUCCAUCAGAGCCACGCCCAGAUUUCUUGAAAUUUUUUAAGCAUAACAGGUUUUUAAGUCCCUUAUUUUAUUUAGUUAAAUGACCUGCUUAUACUUGACUUUCUAUGAUAAAAAAGUAGUUUAUCAUUAUCACUUUUAAAAUAAAUUCCUGUAAUUAUUUUGAAACUCCUUAAAAUGUGAUAAUUAAUGAAAUUGAACCAAAACAAAAGUAGUGGGUAACACUGUUCUGAUGGAGCAAAACUUUGAUAUAUCCCUUAUUGUUAAUAGUAACAUAAUUUGAAUAUUUCAUAAAUUUUCUUUCAUAUUCCUCUACUAUUUCAAGUGACUAACAUAAGUUGUUAUCAUUAACUUAUAAAAUAAGUGAUGACUGAAGAGGCAUAAUAUCUGUACAAUUUAAUUUAUUUUUCAUUUUUAUAUGCAGAAAAUUUCUUCUGGUUUAAGUUUUGAGUCCAUGGAUUUUUAUUGAUUUUUUGAUAAACACAUGAUCAUGUAUGCACUUUUAGUUCUUUUAUUACAAUAUUGGUCUAAAUCUGUUGGUCUAAUAAUCUUUAAAUAAUGGUUGAAAUCAUUUUUGAGCCAAUGGGUUGGUAGUAUUUUUCAAAAUAUUUGUCUGUUACAUUCCAUAUUGAUUAAUUUUUAUGUGCCAUACUUACUGGUAGAAACAGUCAAGUUAGAACAUUUUCAUUGUCUGAUUAUUUUGUGACCCAGUUAUCCCAGAUAUACCCCCUGACCUUUUACAAUUGACUGGUGCAUAAGUGUCAUACUCCUUUGACAAUGCUGAAGAAGUAUGUGGUUCUGCUAAGAUUGCACAAUGUUUAAACAAAGAUGGUAUUGUUAGUCUUUAAGACUUGUAUUGGGUUAUAGGAGCAGUCUUUUUCUGUUUUAAUCAGUGUUCAACAUUUUCCAUGCCAACAAUGACAAGCCACUGUGGCUCUCAUGCAUAAAAGUUUAGCCCUUGGGAGAUGUACAUGAGAAAAAAAAUGUCAAAAGACAGCCGAAACAAUCUGAAAUGCGGUAAAGUAAAAUUUAGUCAAAAAAUUAUUUCAACUUACCUGGGCUUAACAAAAUUUUUUUAGCCUUUCAAAGAAUGAAACAAUGUUUCUUGCAUGUACAUAUUUCAGCAGAAAUGGUCGACAACACGUUAAUUUAAACAAAAUUGAUUUCAACCAUUAUAUUUGUUAUCAUUAAUUCGGAGGUCUUAAUGUUAAUUAUCUAGCUUCUCUGGGCAUGAAUGGAUCAUAUUCAUAAAGACCUUAAUAAACAAUGUCCUAUAAUUAAUGAUGGUUGAUGUACACUAUUGAUGAUGUAGUGGGGAUUAAUGAAAUAAUUAAAUGUAUUUAAAUGUCAUAAUUAUGGUCUUCAAAUAUCUGCAUCAAGUUAUUUCUAGACAAAUAAAUUAAAAGUGGGCAUCUGUUUUUUUACAAACUAAGACAUAAAGCCACCAUAUAUUUGACAAGUGCUAUUGCAUCAGAUACCAAGGUUGCCAUUUCAUCAGUUUAGCAUGUUUUGCUGUCAUUACUUUUCUUUGUUAAUGUCUAUUUUCAUCAUUUAUUCAUAAUUGGAGUCCAUUUUUGUUUUGAUCACACAUUUCAUAUUGGUAUGCUUUUACCAUAAAAUGCAUGUAAUCAUGGAAAAGUGUAAUACUGGAUUAUGCCAAUAAAAAUAGUGAGCCA